AUGCACAAUGAAGUUAGAAGAAAAAUUGAGAAGAACGAAGCUCGACUGGUUCACACAAGAGCUGACACUCACGUUUCGGCGGAAGUUUAUGAUAAGAAAAAGAAAGACUUGAUCGAAAAGCGGGAAAUGCUGGGCAGACGCAUUGAAGGUCUAAUGGAGGAGGCCGAGAUCGAAGGUGCACAAGGUAAUGUUGCUGCCGCGCAGACUGCCGUGCAAAAAGCAGAUGAGCUUACUAAAGAGCGCGAAGCGCUACACAAGGAGGAAGAGGUUUUGGAAGUUGAAAGGCAAAGAGCGAUUGUUAUGGAAGACCAGUUAACAGCUGGGAAUAAACAAAUGCAAGUGUGCCAG